AUGGCGACUUACCUGAACAGUGCCAUUUUCUUGUUGAUUUUUACUACCUCAGUGAUCAUUAGUGUAAAUUCCGACAAAUCAGCAAAAAUAGUAUGUUACUUUAGUAACUGGGCAGUUUACAGACCAGGUAUCGGUCGAUAUGGCAUCGAAGAUAUUCCCGUUGAGAUGUGUACGCAUCACAUCUACUCGUUCAUCGGCAUUGACGAACAAACGGGACAAGUGCUUGUGAUCGACCCAGAAUUGGAUAUCGAUCAAAAUGGCUUCCGGAAUUUUACGGGCUUGAAAAAGCGGUAUCCCGAUAAGAAAUUUAUGAUUGCUGUUGGCGGAUGGGCUGAAGGCGGAAAGAAAUACUCGAGAAUGGUCGCUCAAAAGAAUACGCGACAAAUUUUCAUCAAGAGUGUCAUUGAGUUCAUGAAAGAAUACAACUUUGACGGAUUUGAUCUUGAUUGGGAAUAUCCAGGAGCUGCUGAUCGUGGAGGCAGUUAUUCCGACAGAGAUAAGUUCUAUUACUUUGUAGAUGAGCUGAAACGUGCUUUUGACAAAGAAAAUCGCGGAUGGGAAAUUACAAUGGCGGUUCCAGUUGCUAAAUUCAGACUUCAAGAAGGUUAUCAUGUUCCACAAUUAUGCGAACUUUUGGAUGCUAUUCACUGUAUGACUUACGAUUUACGUGGAAACUGGGCAGGAUUUGCUGAUGUUCAUAGUCCCUUGAAUAAACGUCCUCACGAUCAAUAUGCUUACGAAAAGUUGAAUGUUGCUGAUGGUGUUCAAUUGUGGGUUGAUAUGGGAUGUUCUCCCGAUAAACUUGUCGUUGGUGUUCCAUUCUACGGACGUACUUUUACCUUAAGUUCAAGCAAUAAAAACUACAAACCAGGUACUUAUAUCAACAAAGAAGCUGGCGGAGGUGCUCCAGGUCCUUAUACAAACGCAACAGGCUUCAUGGCUUACUACGAGUUGUGUACCGAAGUUCAAGAUCCCGAAAAGGGAUGGACUAAAGAAUGGAAUGCUGGCGGCGAAUGCCCUUACAUGUACAAAGGCACCCAAUGGAUCGGCUAUGAAGACGAAAAAUCACUCCAAAUUAAGAUGGAUUUCAUCAAACAAAAGGGAUAUGCUGGCGCCAUGACAUGGGCUAUCGACAUGGAUGACUUCCACGGUUUAUGCGGCGAAGAAAAUGCUCUCACCAAAAUUAUGUACAAGAACAUGAAGGAUUAUCGCGUUCCAAAACCCAAUGUAAUGACCACGGAACAACCUGAAUGGGCUCGUCCCAAGCCAACGCCAUCCGAUCCAAAAGAAGGCGAGGGAAUCGUAUUACGACCAACGACAAGAGCUCCAACCACAACUACGGAAAAAGGUGUCGUUGCUACGAGUAAGAAACCCGUAGGAACCACAACUCGCAAAACGAGAAAGACAACAACAACAACGACAACAACUCAAGCUCCAAAUGCUGAAGAAUCUGUGGAAUAUGAGUCAGAUGAAGAAAAUGCUGUUAGUUCUGAGGAAGUUGAAGAAGUUGUUACGCCAUCGACUACAACGACAACGACAACAAAAAAGCCUCCAAGGAAGUCAACUUCCAAAACUUCAACAACUACGACGACGACAACAACUACUACGAAGAAACCUGUGUCCGUUGUGCCAAAUGAUGUUGGAGUCAAUGAAGCUGAGGGCAGUGAUGAGUAUGAAUAUUAUGACGAUGAAGAGGUCCCAACUUGUUCAGAAAGUGACGAAUUCCUUGCUCAUCCAACCGAUUGCAAUACCUAUUACCAAUGCAACCACGGAGAAGCAGUUGAAUUCCAUUGCAAAGAAGGUCUCGCAUUCGAUACCGUUAAGCACAUCUGCGAUUGGCCCGACAACGUCGAUCGUCCCGAAUGCAAAACCGCAAGUCUCCGCAUCCAAAAGAAAAAGGUCAAGAAAGAAUCGUUAAAGGAAUAA